CUCCAUUCCCUCUCCCUUCCCCCCUCUUUACCCUCUGACCGUCAGCUGGUCCUCUGUCGUAUGAGAUCUUUCGGAAUUUAAAGUAUCAAAAUGUCUCGUCCUAUAUUUUCAGAAGACGAACCAGGAAGAAAAUGGGAUAAGUGUGUCACUGACGCAGUUUUAAAAACUGGAGGUGGAGUUGCUAUUGGUGCAGUAUGCUCGCUCCUAUUUUUCAGUCGUAAAGGAUGGCCUUUAUUAUUUGGUGGUGGUUUUGGCAUUGGAAUGGCAUAUGCCAAUUGUGAGAGAGCUUUAAAUAACUCAUUAUAUGGCCAAACCUUACUAAAAUCAACAAAGAAGUGCUAAAUUAUAAAAUAAAAUUCUAGGUAAUUCCAUUGGCUUGAAAUGUCAAGAAAUAUCAACUGUAUUAUAAGGAUAAGAUGGAUACUUCUGCAAGGUGUUGGAGUUGUCUGUGUCCUGGCAGAGUGCAGUUGGUUGCUCUGGUAGAAAAUUCAGUUUAGUUCUCUCAGAGAAGCUUGUCUUUUCACUUUUUGAACAUCCCACUUGCUCUUGAGCUUCAUAGCAGAUCAAAGUGCAUGUAGGUCUCAUCAGCUCUAAUCAUGAAAAGUCUUUUCUACUUAAAAGUUAUUAUCAAUUAAAAUUCAUGUUUUGAUUUGUUAGAAAGAAACUGUUGGUUCUGCCUUCAAGUACUCUUGUCUCAAAAAAUAUGUCUGAAGAAUAAAGUUCAGUUUUGUUUUUAA